CAAUAUUUACCUACAACUAAAAAGACUCGUCUUCGAGUACUAAACUGUCCUUCUCACGAAAUAUUAUUAAGACAGAUAUAAUUUCCCUUUCAGUUCCUCUCUUCAAUGGGCAGGUAGCAGGUACAUCUUUUUGAAACCAGUUUCAUCAAAACCAGACUCGACGAUGUUCUGUUUUCAUCAGUUUAGUACUCUCGAUUUCGUUCGAACAGUAGCAUAUUCCAUUAUGUAUGUAGUACGCGAGUAGGUACGAAUAGUUCGGUUUCUUAUCACGUAAUGUACUUUCUUAUCAGUAACAAAGCUCGAAAGAUGAUAGCUGACUUUCUUCGUAAAACGUAAGUUGAAAAAAAAGUGGAAAAAUUCUAUAGCAUAUUCAACCUUUCGAAUGAAAAAUUUUCCAUCAUAAACCGGUUCAUCGCCAUGACCACGACAAUUUUUCUCAUAAUUCUAAUCGUAUUGUUACUCUUGGCUAUAUUCUGGCUGUACCUGAGAUCGAGCUACCAAUACUUCAAGAAACGAAAUAUCCCCUACCUCGAACCCCACUGGUUGUUGGGCAACGCAAACGACCUGAUCCUAGGUCGCAAAUCGAUCCUGGAAUUUCAACGAUGCAUUUACAAAGCAACCAAACCCACAAAACUACUGGGCACGUUUAUGUUCCAGAAACCAACCCUUUACGUAUCCGAACUGGAAUGGAUUAAACUGAUGCUGGGACGAGACUCUGCGCAUUUUUUCGACCGAGGCUUGAAAAUCGCCUACGAUGACGAACCGUUGACUAUGAAUUUAUUUCAUUUGGAAGGCGAACGGUAUAAAAUAGCCAGGAAUAAAGUUCUGCCUGCUUUUACCCUCAACGGUGUCUUGAUCUUGUUCCCUCUGUUGCUCGAGAGUGCUAUAAAUUUGCAGCAUUAUCUGGGCCAAGUGGCCAAAACCACCGAAGAUAUUAAUCUCAGAGAAGUAAUGAGUAGGUAUGCGGCAGAGGUGAUAGGUAAAUGCGCGUUUGGAUUGAAAAAGGGCCCACUGACUGGCAACAAUGAUAAAUUUUACCAUAUGAGUAAAAGGAUUUUUAUGCCGAGACUCAGGACGAUAAUUAAGUUGAUUUUACCCCAUUUGCCUAAAUUUAUCACCGAAUUAUUCGAUAUCAAGAUGGUCGCGUCCGAUAUUGCCGAGUACUUUAGCGAAAUAAUCUACGACGAAUUGAAGCAUCGACGACAGCAAAAUAAACGACCGACUGAUUUUCUCAGCUAUAUGAUGGACGUUCAAGAUAAGGAUAACGAAGAAUGUACAGACAUAAUGCCAAUCACUGACGAGCUCAUAGCUGCGCUAUGCUUCAUGUUAUUCCUAGCCGGAUACGAAAACUCAACAGUAGUCUUAUGUGCUGCCAUUUUUGAACUCGGCAGAAACCCAGAAGUACAAGAAAAACUCUACCAAGAGAUUCACAGCACCUGCGGCGACGAUCUAUCUAACCUGACUAUGAAUAAACUCAAAAAAAUGCCCUAUCUUCAUAAGGUGGUCUGCGAAACACUCCGAUUGUACCCUCCUGCAACUGCGAUGGUUCGCGAAUGCACUGCAGAUUAUCAAAUCCCAGGAACUGAGAUUUUCAUCGAGAAAGGAUUGCAAGUGGUUAUUCCUUUCUGCGCGAUGAACGUUGAUCCGGAAUAUUUUCCCACUGAGUUGUCCUAUGAUCCGGAAAAUUUCAGUGAGAAAGCUAUACAGUCGAGGAGCAGAUAUGCAUUUCUGCCAUUUGGAGAAGGGCCUCGAGCUUGUGGUGGUCGAAAAUUAGGCAUGAUCCAAAUGAAAGUCGGAUUAUCAGCAUUGGUUUUAAAGUACCAAUUUUUCCCUUCGCCUAAAAUGAAGCUACCUGUGACAUUCGAAAAAAGAGCAUUCAUCAUGUCCAUCGAAGGAGGUACAUGGACCCGGUGUAAACCACGUUGCCAAAAUUAAGCUGCUACGAACUCCAAUAUAGAUUUAUCAAUAAUUAGUCUAAGGUUAGUUACAUAAUGAUAAACCCACGAGCACCUUGCCAUAACAGAACUACUUUGUAUCGUGGUUCCCAAAUUCUAUAUCAUCACCUACCUACUUAAUCACGUGUAAAUAAGUUUCUCAAUUGGUUUCAUUCAUUUAUGGCCGAGUAAAUUAAUCGUUUUCGGAAAUGUCUUCUCCCUCUCCCUCCUCCAAAAAAAUACCCCAAAAUAGUCAAAUCUAGAUGAAGCAAAUCGACAUACACCUCUACACAAUUAUUUACCUCAAAACGUGAUAUUUUUAAUGAGAAAAUUUUAUCAUCCGAAAGAAAACGUUUCGGAGCACGUUGCCGGCUAAAUACGAACCGGUAUGAUAAUAUCGGUCGAGAUAAUCAAACGAAUUAGAUAAAUUCAUACCUAUAACGAGGUUGGUGCCGUGCGGUUAGUUCUUCCUAAUGUGAUCUUUCAUUAAUUUACCUACUGUUCGUUAUUUUACAACAUUGUAACGAUUCAACGCUUAUACCCAAAGUACCUAAGCGUUGUAUUGUGCAACAUUUUGCAUUUACUCGUACGUACGUAUUUUUACACGCGGUAGAUUAUUUUUAACAAUUUUUCAAGUUCAAGAGUAAAUUUUUUUACAUCAUUUA